AUGAACGUGAAAAGGCAUCAUUUGUUCAGUCGUGGUCUCUCAUACCGGCCUCUUGAAGCCCGUCACCGCAUUGUUUCAACCCCAACUACUCUCUUCACUGUCUAUACUCUGUCUCCAAACGUGGCUCGAAGAUUCACGUAUGCAGAGAAGGGUAAAGGCGUAGCUGGACCCGAACCCGCACCCUUGGGCAUCCGUAUACGUGCUCCCCAUCUCGAUACCUCGGAACUAGUCAAGAAAAACGCCCUCACUCUCAUCGGACGUCUCAUUAACCCACAAAAACAAAGGCUCCGAAGUAUGCUAUCAUACUUCUCAAACAAAUGGGAACUGAGAGGUCUAGCUAGAGGCUCAAAUCUAGAGCACGACUGCUUCCAAUUCCGCUUCGACUACGAAGAUGACCUAAAGAAAGUCUUAGACAACAGACCUUACCAAUAUUCUCGAUGGAUGGUCAUUCUCCAACGGUGGGAACCCAUCAUCUCCCCAUCCUUCCCAUCCAAAAUCCCUUUCUGA